GAUCGCGCCCCGCCCCGGUCCGCCCCCGCGCCCCGCCCCGGCCGCCCUGGCCGCCCCCCCACUUCCUCCGGCCUCCCGCUCUCACUUCCUUCUCGAGCCCGGAGCCGCUUCGCCGCCCCCAGCUCCCCCGCCGCGGGGAGGGCAUCAGUUCCCUGCACCCAGAGGGGCCCAGCAGGAGGCAUUGCCUCCACUUCAGCAGCUGCCCCCACAAUGCAAAGCAUCAAGUGUGUGGUGGUGGGUGAUGGGGCUGUAGGCAAGACAUGCCUGCUCAUCUGCUACACGACCAACGCCUUCCCCAAAGAGUACAUCCCCACGGUGUUUGACAACUACAGUGCCCAGAGCGCAGUGGAUGGGCGCACGGUGAACCUGAACCUGUGGGACACUGCGGGCCAAGAGGAGUACGACCGCCUCCGCACACUCUCCUAUCCUCAGACCAACGUCUUUGUCAUCUGCUUCUCCAUUGCCAGUCCGCCCUCCUACGAGAAUGUGCGGCACAAGUGGCACCCGGAAGUGUGCCACCACUGCCCCGACGUGCCCAUCCUCCUGGUGGGCACCAAGAAGGACCUGAGAGCCCAGCCUGACACCCUACGGCGCCUCAAGGAGCAGGGCCAGGCACCCAUCACUCCGCAGCAGGGCCAGGCACUGGCCAAGCAGAUCCACGCUGUGCGCUACCUCGAGUGCUCGGCCCUGCAGCAGGACGGGGUGAAGGAAGUGUUUGCCGAGGCUGUCCGGGCUGUGCUCAACCCCACCCCCAUCAAGCGUGGGCGCUCCUGUGUCCUCUUGUGACCCUGGCAGUCAGCUUGGAGGCUGGCCCUGACUCCCCCCACCCCCCACCAGCUGUGCCUUGGUGCCUUGUCUGCCCCCAGCUGUGCCUUAAGGACUAAUUCUGGCACCCCUUGCCAGGGGGCUCCCUGAAUGCCUUUUUCUCCUUAUGGAGGUCUGACUGCAGGGAAAAGGGGGCUUUGGGCCCCACCCACCCUGCCUGGGAACAUCAGGUAUUCCCAUGAGCUCACCCAGGCCAAGGUUGGACCCCUCCCCAAGAGGCCAGUCCAGUGCCCCGUCCCUGUUGUCUGCUACUGACAAGUUGAUCCAGCUUUCCACACAGUUGUUGCUUCCUCUCGUGGUGUCUCCUCUCAGGUUAGGGCCUCUUGGCCAUCUCUAACCUCUGCCCCUGCUGCUCCUAAAACUGCCUCUCCCUCCCCAGAUGCUCCCUCCUUUCCCCCUGGAAGGAGCCAUAGAAUCCUGAGAUGAAUGUGCCCUAACCUGCCACCCCCUCUGUGCCCAGGCCUUUUGCAUCCGCUGACUGACUCAGUCCCUACCCCACCCUACUACCAGCUCCUAGGGGGCCUUUCCUACCCAUCCUCAGCAUCAAUAAAACCUCCUGUCUUCA